AUGAAAGGAAUAAAAACUGGAUCGACUUAAAAUGGAAGGCAAAUGCUAACGUUGCCAAAAAUAGCUUAAAAAGAGGUUAAAAUGAAAUGGAUUACUAGAGCUCAUUAUGAAGUUAUUAAAUCUUUAGAAUAUGUAGAAAAAGAGAAUUUUCUCAUUACUACUGCUUUUGAUAAGAAAGUGAAACUCUGGGAUGCAGAAACAGGUAAAUUUAUAGAUUCAUUUCAAUAAAAUUAUGAUAGGAAAGAACCAAGACCUAUUGCUCUAAAAAGAAGCGGAACAGAUGAAAUUUAUAAUGCUGAAUUAAAUGAAAGAGUGGAUCUCAAAUAUUCUUUAUUACUUCAAUAAUAAUAAUAAGAAGAAUAAAGUGGUUAAGUUCAAUAAAUUUAAGUUUUAGAAGAAAAGAUUUCAGAUCCUCUUGGACAAACUAAAUCUCCUCAAGAAGAAUUCAAUCCAUUUUAUUACUUAGAAAAGAUAGAUUAAUCUAAAUUAUCAACUCUAAAAAGUAAUCCUGAAUGGAAAUUAGAAAUAAGAUUUAAAGAAUAUUAUGAAAAUUAUGAAUAAAAAAUUAAAACUUUAUUUGAAUAAGUUAAAAUUAAAGAAAAGGAAGUACAUGAAAAAUAAGUUAAAUAAGGAAUCCACAAUCGGCAUUUUAAAGUUCAAAACUACUCAACUGAUGAUGCUAAACAAUUUGAUUCCAAUCAAAAACCAAUACUAAAAGAUGAUGACGGAAAAAAUAAUCAUUCUCAUCAAUAAUAAGCUUCAGUGUAAUUUAAUUAAAAUUGAA